AUGGCUGAAGUUAAGGAAAGACAAAUUCUCCACCCAGCUGUAAUUUAGGAGUCAUGAUUUCCUUCUCUGCUUUUUCUACAGACAACGGUAAGAUGGCCACAGCACAUGACAGAGCUGUACUCCAGGCUAUAUUCAACCCCACCACCCCCUUUGGAGACAUCCCCGGCCUGAACCAAGAGGAGGAAUUAAUUGAUGAUGACAGUGGCUUUGACACAGAGUUGCUGAAGCAAGUGAAAGAAUUGGAGAUGCGGGGUGUCUCGGCAGCAGAGGCUGGGGAUUUGCAAGCUGCACUUCAGCUGUUCAGCCAGGCAAUCCAGAUCUUGCCUCAGCGAGCCUCAGCCUAUAACAACCGGGCACAGGCCCUGCGGCUGCAGGGGAACACAGCAGGAGCCCUGGGGGACCUGGACCGAGCCAUCUCUCUGAGCGGCAGCACAGGGCGUACUGCCUGCCAGGCGCUGGUGCAAAGAGGCCUUUUACGUAGAUUAGCAUGCCAGAGUGAUGAAGCCAGAGCAGAUUUUGAGAAAGCAGCUGCACUUGGAAGUGAAUUUGCUCGACAACAGGCUGUGUUGCUCAAUCCGUAUGCAGCCCUGUGCAAUAAAAUGCUUUCUGAGGUGAUCAACAAACUACGAAAUCCUGAAGUGUCUGAGAAUCUGUAGUUAGUGUAGACUGUUGGUCUUUACUUCUCUGUUACUGUAUGAAGUCUGUGGUUAAUAAAUGAUUAAUUUUAGCUUUUAAUGUCUUUUUUAUUCCACAGAGUAUGUUGCUGUAUACUAAAUGUGAAGUCAUGUUUAGUAUACAGUAUAUAAUAUCAGUGACACACAUGGAUCAUUUUUCUCAUUUUCCUUGCGGACAGCCUAAAUUAGAAUGUCAGUGUCCUCAGUGAACCUACUGUGUAUAAUGAAAUAUGAUAUGUAGGAUAUAUGAUACUGUGCUGGGCAUUCAAACACCAAACCAGUUUUAUUAUGUGUGAAGUGUCAACAAUCCACACAGACGAGGCACUUCAGCUUCUCUCCAGCAGAUGUCAGUCUUGUCAUGUUGAAAACAGUCAACAGCAGCAACAUCUGCUGCCCCCCUUUCUUUGAAAUAAUGCUUCUCACCAUGGGAAUGAAAUAAGAUGUUUCGGGUGAGGUCAGGUCAUUUGGGACAUUUUUUUUUUUAGAUUACCAAGAAAACAACCUAAAAUUCUUAAGAGCACCUUCAGUGCUUCCAGAUCUUGUUAUGUGUCUUUGCUAUAAAGAAAAUAUGUUGCCAAAUAAAAUAAAUUAGACACUUUGAACUUUAAACACACCAUGAACCUCUAGCCUAACUCACUGUGAUGACUUGUUCAGCUAAAGUCAGUGGUGUAAUACUUUGUUACUGUUCUUAAUUUUUGGAAGUCCAUGCGUAACUUGACUUUUUAUAUAUCUGUCAACUUUCAAUUUUUCUUUACUACAUUUCCCAUAAGCAUGUUAGUUACUCAUUUUAAAAUAAUAGAAGAAUUAGGAAGGGACGGACAGAAGAAUGAAGAAGGGAUUGGAUUUUGUUCUUUAAAUCAUUUUAGCUAUGACGAAGACAUAAGAAGUGUAAUAUACACCCCACUUUUUAGGUGGUGUAUAUUAUGAAGAAAUAAACUUUAUAAUUCUGAAAA